AUGGCUGGUCGAAGGGUCCUCUUGAAGGCCGCUUGGGCCUUUCGGUUCUGUGAGGUCGGGGAUAUUGUCGGAAUGAAGUCGGAUCGCGGUGGUCAAGAGCGUGAUGCGAGGAAGAGGUUCUUGGCAGCGACUGAUCUCUAUACAGGUCGCGACGGAGUGAAACACAUGAGUAUGGAUGUUUUUACGUCGGAAUAUGUCAGUUUCUACGUCUAG